CACCGUUUCAUGUUCCGAACUUUCCCUCUGAAUUUUAAAAAAUAAAAAUAAAAACUGGAUAUUUUUUUUUUUUUAAUUAUUUUCCUGGUUUUCAGCUGAGAGACCAAAGAGCAAAGACUAUCGCAAUUGAGACAAAAUGCUACAAAGGUUUCGUUCCUUCAAACAACAAUAACUUCGACGAGUGAGGUCUAAAGGGUAAAAAUUGAAUUUUGGUCGAAUCAAUAAUCAUAUUCUAACAUGAAAUUUGGUCUCAAAGAAAGAACUUUUGGUUGGUUCAAAUCAUGAUUAUUUGCAAGCUAUACACAAAUACCAACUAUUACUUAUUAUUAUUAUUAUUAGUCUUAUGAGUCAUUCACAUGAGAGUUUGCUGCAACUCGCACAACUCUGCAUCAAGAAACCAAAACAAAUCAAGCAAAUCCAUUCAAUUCUGAUAACCAAUGGUUACCUACUUCACAACCCAAAUGCACCAUCAAGCCUCAAAUGGAAGCGCACCCAAAUCUUCAAUGCCCUUAUUAGAGGCUACCAUUGUGGUGGUUUCACACACAAGGCUAUUGUCCUUUUCACACACAUGCUUGCGAACCAAGCUUCACCAAACAGCCACACUUUCCCUCCAAUCCUCAAAGCUGCCACUGCUGCUACUUUCCCUCCUCAUUUGGGCACUGCCCUUCACUCGCAGGCCUAUAAGCGCGGCAUUUUGUCUGAUCCCUUCGUAGGGACCACCCUUGUUGCCCUCUAUGCAAGAAAGAAUGACAUUGCUGCUGCACGCAAGGUGUUCGAUGAAAUGCUACAGCCGGGCCUCGUUGCUUGUAAUGCUAUGCUCAAUGCUUUGUGCACUAAUGGGGACACAGAAACUGCUUUAUGGCUCUUUGAUAGCAUGCCAAACAGGGAUGUUGUAUCUUGGACAACAAUUGUGAAUGGUUUUGCAUUGAAUGGGAAAUUUGGUGCUGCAAUUAAUUUUUUUGCAAAGAUGAUGCGUCACCGGGAUGUGUUGUAUUGUUUGGUGAAGCCUAAUGAGGCUACUUAUGUGAGUGUGAUCUCUUCAUGUGCCAAAUUAGAUGGUAAACCAGCUCUUGAUUUUGGAAAGCAAGUGCAUGGGUAUCUGGUGGUGAAUGGUAGCCUUGGAGUUUUUGUUGGAACUUCGUUGAUAGAUCUCUAUGGGAAAAUGGGUUGCUUGAAUUAUUCUAUUAAUGUCUUCAAAGUAAUGAUUUCCAAAGAGGUCUGCACUUGGAAUGCAAUGAUUUCUUCACUUGCUUCAAAUGGUAGGGAGAAAGUGGCUCUGGAUAUGUUUGACAAGAUGAAGAUGGAAGGGUUGAAACCAAAUAGCAUUACCUUAGUAGCAGUUCUUAUAGCAUGUGCUCGAGGGAAAUUUGUCAGGGAAGGAUUGGAGCUGUUCCGAUCAAUGUCAGACGACUUUAAAGUCGAACCAGUAAUGGAGCACUAUGGGUGUGUGAUUGAUCUUUUGGGUAGGGCAGGGCAUUUGCAGGAAGCAGCUGACAUCAUAAGAAAUAUGCCUUUUGAGCCUGAUGCCUCCGUAUUGGGAGCGUUUUUGGGUGCAUGUAGAAUUCAUGGAGCAAUUGAACUUGGAGAAGAAAUAGGAAGAAAGCUACUUAAAUUGCAGACACAACAUUGUGGUCAAUAUGUGUUGUUGUCAAGCAUUAAUGCUGAGAAGGGAAGAUGGAGUCAUGCCUUUGAUCUAAGGAAAGAAAUAACGGAGGCUGGUAUUCAGAAAAUUCCGGCAUACAGUAUGGUUGAUCUGACAUAGUUUUUUCUUCUGUUUAGUCUGUGCUGUGUACAAUAACUCAAUAAGGCAGAAGGAAAAAAUUAUGAGUGGGGCUUUAAGAAAAGAAUUGGAGAAGAGGCAGCAGCUUCUUACAGCAUACUUGUAAGUAAUGAACCAUCUGCUGUGAGUUUAUCGAUAAUGCGCAUUUAAAUCAAGAUAUUUUAAGUUUAAAACAUCUGAUAAUCAACAACUUGUUGAGAGAACUGAUUCUGGAGAUAUAUAGUCCUGCUUUUAUGUGUUUAGUCCAUCUCCAUAUGUAUUUGAUUUAGCAGCAAUAAUGAAACUUAAGGCCUCAAGCGAGAGAGCAAGAGCCUCUUACUCACACACUUACAGGAAUCAGGGUCCAAAAAGGGAAUGGAGACAAAAGGCAGUUGUCAUUGGUACUAAUACCAUUAGGAUGACAGGUUUUUCCCGAAAUACUUUGUACUAUUACUUCUUAGGAAUGUAGUGGUUGUUGAAAAGCAACAUACGAAAUUUUCUUUCUAUAGAAUAUAUCAGUUGAUUACAUGUUGAUAAAUUUGGAUGUCAGCUGGUUAGGAUUUAUUCUUACAUAUGAA